CGCUGUUCCAAAAAAUCUACACUUUUCAUGCAACCGAGCAGAAUGAACACUGCUGCGCGUCUCUGUUGUUUGUGUGUUAUUUCGGAGCACGGAGGACUGUGAUGGGAAUAGCGUUGCAAAGACCUGAGAAUUCAAUAACGCGAUCUGUGUGAUACUACUAAUAAUGCGAAGCCGGACUCGGUCGGGAGACAUGCUGGAUGCAGAUGCACUACUGAGGCGAGGUAUAUAAUCUAACUGCAUGCGUGAAUGAACGACUACACCACGAACACAUUUUACACACACUGGCAAAGAGCCGUCUGUCACACGCUCCCCCCCGCAGAAACAAGCAGCCGCCGCUGGAUUGGGCAAUGCAUUUCCCCAAAAAGUGCUCCGUUUUCAAAGUGGUCCUGAGCGCCCUCCUCCUUGUAGCGCUCCUUCAGCUCAUGUACCUGUCCCUGCUCUCCAAACUGCACGGCAAGCAGCAGCGGUACAAGUACUCUGAGCUCUUCGAAACCAACAGCCAGCUGAAGCGCGGCAUUUUCCAGCACCAGAAAAACACCCGCAAGGAGCGGCUCAAGUACUCCCUCUCCUCCGGUGGCAUAUUUGACCAGAGCGGGCAGUACCGCGUCUAUAAAAACAUUAUCAAAAGCGCAUUCACCGCGAACCACGAACCGAGGGACAGCUCGGACCGCACGCAGCAGUUCGCCUUGGCCACGCACACCUCCAUUAACAACCUGCAUCACCUGAACGAGCUCCUGGGCCGUUGGCGAAACGCCCUGUCCGUUGCCAUAUUCGCGCAUGCGCAAGAUGUCAAGUUCUCCACGGCGCUAAUCUUUGCCCUGAGCGAGUUUUGCCCGCAAGUCCAAGCGCUGGUUGAUUUCCAUUUGAUCUGCCACUCGGGCGAGAUCGCGAGUUUCCCCGAGCAGGACCGGGAGCAGUUUGCCGGGCUGCAGGACUGCCAGGACGUGUUCCGUAAACUGGAGAAGCACAGGGAUACAUUUCAGAACUACGCCAUGGGGCGCAACGUGUCGUACCCCAAUAACCUGCUGCGCAACGUGGCCCGGGCCGGUCUGGACGCGGACUACACCCUGGUCAUCGACAUUGACAUGCUGCCCAGCCAAAACUUGCACGACGACUUCCUGAACUUCCUCAAAAGGAGAGCUCCCCGCCCCGACGAGGUGUUCGUUGUGCCCGCUUUUGAAAUAAGGCACACCCGGAAGAUACCUGCCACCAAAACGGAGCUUCUGCAGCUCUACCAGGUGGGUGAGGUGCGACCCUUUUAUGAGGAGCUGUGCCACAAAUGCCAAGCGCCCAGCAACUACUCUAGCUGGGUGAACCUCCACAGCCCGGGCGGCGCUGACAGCACGGAGCUCCGGGUCGCCUACACGCUCAGCUGGGUCGACCCCUGGGAGCCGUUUUACAUCGGGGGCCGCUCUGUGCCGUUGUACGACGAGAGGUUCAGGCAGUACGGGUUCAACAGGAUCAGUCAGGCCUGUGAGCUUCACGUUGCUGGCUACAGCUUCUCCGUGCUGAGCAGCGCUUUCCUGGUGCACCGGGGCUUCAAAGUGUCCAGAGAGUUUCACGCCAGGAAGGACGAGGAGAACCGCCUCAACCGAGUUCUCUUCAGGCAGUUCAAGGAGGGGCUGAAACUCAAGUACCAGGACUCGACCCGGCGCUGCUGAGGGGGAUUCGGGCACCCCAAACAGGCCCCGUCUCUUCAGUCCUCUGUGUGUGUCUGUGUGGAGCAAGCAAACUGAUUAGAUUUUGUUUGCAGGGAUAAGCAGACUAAACUAAACGAAAGAGUCCCAAGUUGGGUGUGUAGUGAGGAUGAAACUGCAUAUCUAUUUGAUCAAACUUGUAAGGACUUUUCCAGUGGGCAUGCUUUUUGUGUUGCACGUUUGGUUGAUUGAUUUUUUUUUUUUUAGCGUUUCAGAAUUUAUUUUUCAGGAAAGUAAUCAGUUGCACAUUCCCAGUGACGACAGCUUUGCAUAUCCACCUUCAGUAGGGUUGAUGGGCUGAGCCACCAGCAGACUCCACUGUCUUGGAGAGCUGAGGCAGGGGUGUACUGUUAAAAUAUUGUCAUUAUACCAUCAACUCUCUCUCUCUCUCUCUCUCUCUCUCUCUCUCUCUCUCUCUCUCUCUCUCUCUCUCUCUCUCUCUCUCUCUCUCUCUCUCUCUCUCUCUCUCUCUCUCGUGUGGCAUUUGAAAAGCAACGUCCAGAGUUUCUAGCUGUGUGUUGAGUUUGGAAAGUCAUUCGAUGGCGUCUGGGGUCACCAGAUGGACUCCGUUUCCACCUCCUGCAAAAGCAUGUGUUGGGCAGUGAUGGGGGAUGUGAGUGAUGGAUUGCACUUCACCACAGUCACAAUCAGGAGACUCCUCCCAUGUGCUGUUCAAACGCGGUUCAGUGCAGUCCAGUGUCCGGCUAGUUCCUUCGUUGGAUCUUCAGUAAGUAUCUGGUUAGGGACAUCGCAGACUGACCACAUAUCUCACCAGCCGCUGUCUGUGUCGCCCCAUCAACUCUGAAACAGGAGAUCAAUUUAAAGUGGUCGUAGCGAACAACAUUAUUUGGUGCAGUUUUGAAAGAAACACAUGUUAUACCAAUUUGUAUUUAAAAAAAAAACUGGAACUACAGGAAGUUCUCAGUUUGCUUGCAAUGCCUUCCAGGAAGUCUGUUACUGCUGCACUUCCUGUGCUCAAAGCGGCUUACUGGCUGCAAAGCGUGGCAGAAAAGGAAGUCCUGAAAUGAUCCAGGAAGUGCAAGACAGUGAUCCACUGUUUUCUCUUAACAAAUCUGCAGUUUUCAGUUGAACCGGAAAACGAACCCAUUAAACAAAUCAAAGGAUGGCAUCAAAUGAGGGGUUCUUAUUGCAAGAACCCAGACGCAGUGUGUGUUGUUAUUUGUGUUAAGUUGCUUUGGCUGAGAGUUCAGGAGCUGCUCUUCAGUUCUAGUUGCCUGCCAUAGACAUUAUGUAACGCAGGGCAGGCUAGCUUCUUUAUAGCAGUGUGAGUCAGCGCCAUCUAGUGCACACCAUGUGUAUUGCCAGUAAUACAAAAGACCUUGAUCUAAAUGUAUGCAAUAGUUCUUAGCAUAUUUAAAAGUAGCUACUUAUAGCACAUGAAAUUGAGCGUUUUUCAUUGACAAGAUAGGUAAGGCACUAGUGUUUUCCGGGCUAAAUCAUUUUUUUUCAGUAUCUAAGAAAUCUCUUCAGGACCAUUAGUUUUAAUACACUGAAAACUCCACUACUGAUUCAAGUCAGCAUGUAUACAUGCAAGUAUUUUGAAAGUCCUACUCUUUUGAAAUUGAGCAAAAACUAAUUAGGAACUAAAGAUGACAUUGACCUAGAAUGACAGCCUCACCUGUGUUUAUUUAUUAUGUAUUUGUUUGUCUGUUAACUUAUUUGAGUUCAAUUAAAGUGUUGAUUAAAAAAAAUAAAACAGUUCAAACUGUG